CACUGCUGGAGCUACGACCACCUGACAUAAACACUGCUGGAGCUACGACCACCUGACAUAAACACUGCUGUAGUUAUAACCUCCCAACAUAAACACUGCUGCAGCUACCACCCCCUGACAUAAACACGGUUGUAGCUACAACCACUUGACAUAAACACGGCUGUAGCUACAACCACCUGACAUAAACACGGCUGUAGCUACAACCACCCAAUAUAAACACUGCUGUAGCUACGACCACCCGACAUAAACACUUCUGUAGUUAUAACCUCCCGACAUAAACACUGCUGUAGCUACGACCACCCGAUAUAAACACUGCUGUAGCUACGACCACCGACAUAAACACUGCUGUAGCUACGACCACCCGACAUAAACACUACUGUAGCUACGACCUCCCAACAUAAACACUGCUGUAGCUACGACCACCGACAUAAACACUGCUGUAGCUACGACCACCCGACAUAAACACUGCUGUAUUUACGACCUCCCAACAUAAACACUGCCGUAGCUACGACCACCCGACAUAAACACUGCUGGAGCUACGACCACCUGACAUAAACACUGCUGGAGCUACGACCACCUGACAUAAACACUGCUGUAGCUACGACUAACUGACAUAAACACUUCUGUAGAUAACACAAUAUUACAUAAACACUGCUGUAGCUACAACCUCCUAAAAUAAUACGAAUUCUGCGUAGUUACAUCGGCGCUGUGGAAAGAAAUUAAUAGAAUGGUAUCUCGUGUGUGUGUGUGGUGGAGCAGCAGGAAGAUGGAGAGUUUGGGAGUGCAGGCGGUGGCGUUAAGUGAUGGCUCCACUGCCUACAUUGAACAGGCCAUCAAAGACGGGAACCUGGUGGAAGGAGACACCGUUCAGCUUGAGGACGGCACCACGGCCUACAUCCAGCAGGUCACCGUGCAGCACAAAGAGCCCCUUCCUUUUGAGGAUGGCCAGGCGGUGCAGCUGGAGGACGGCACCAUGGCAUAUAUACAUCACACCCCCAGAGAUGGGUACGACCCCAGCGGCGUGGAGGCGGUGCAGCUGGAGGACGGCAGCACGGCGUACAUCCACCACCCGUCUGCCACGCUGCCGCCAGGGGGCGCUCUGGAGGAGCUGGCCGGAGACGAGGGCGCCAAGCCAGACGCCGUCAGCACCCUGGGCAGCUACGGGUCUGAGACGGACGUGAGCGAAGCUAUGUGUGGCGCUAACAGCCUGUUGGAUCAUACCACUGUGCAGGUGGUGUUUGAAGGGAUGUGGGGGUCGUCUAAAAACCAGCAGGUCGCAGAGAAGAGCUUCCGCUGUGACUACGAAGGCUGUGGACGCCUCUACACCACCGCACACCACCUCAAAGUGCACGAGCGUGCUCACACGGGCGUGCGCCCGUACAGGUGUGAGCUGGCGUCGUGCGGGAAGGCCUUCGCCACGGGCUACGGCCUCAAGUCCCACCUGCGCACACACACUGGGGAGAAGCCCUACAAGUGCCCUGAGGACAUGUGCUACAAGGCCUUCAAGACCUCCGGAGACCUACAGAAACACGUGCGGACACACACAGGUGAGAAACCAUUCCACUGUCCGUUUGAGGGCUGUGGCCGCUCGUUCACCACCUCCAACAUCCGAAAGGUUCACAUCAGGACACACACAGGCGAGCGGCCCUACAUGUGCCCCCAGCCCUCCUGCGGGCGCGGCUUCGCCAGCGCCACCAACUACAAGAACCACAUGAGGAUCCACACAGGAGAGAAGCCGUACCUGUGCACGGUCCCCAACUGUGGGAAGCGUUUCACGGAGUACUCCAGCCUGUACAAACACCACGUGGUGCACACACACUGCAAGCCCUACAGCUGCAGCCACUGUGGGAAGACCUACCGGCAGACGUCCACACUGGCCAUGCACAAGCGCACCAGCCACGGGGACUUUGACACGGCCGCGGAGCAGGAGGACGCGGAGGCGACAGACACUGCCCUCGACCAACCGCAAGACUCCUACUUGGAGGGAGCGGAGCAGCAGGAGGAAGAGGAGGAGCCUCAGGGCCUUUCACCCAAAGAUCUGCACGCCAUCACCAUGGUGACCCAAGAUGGCACCACCAUCGCUGUGCCGGGACGGCAGACGGAGCAACACGUUACCAUGGUUACCGGGGAAGGGAAUGAGCUGCAGCCGGUUGCCAUAGUGACGUCGGACGGCCUGCUGCGGGGGGGCACGGCGUCUCUGUACCAGCAGGUGGCGCUGCUGGCCACGGCUAACGGCACCCAGAUAGCCGUCCAGCUGGAGGACCAGCAGACCCUGGAGGAGGCCAUCAGCAUGGCCACAGCCGCCAUCCAACAUGGAGGACUGGUCCCCGAGGGGGACAGCUGACCCCCUCCUGCACCCCUCUGAGGAGGGCUUGGCACCCGGCUCACUCCCAGACCUCCAGGAACCCCCCUGGAACUCUCCUCUUCUGAAGCUGUGGAAGACAACCGUCAACCAAUCACACCCUGAGGGGAGGGGCCGUGAGGGCUGGUCAUGAUGAUACCGGGGGGGGGGGGGGGGGGGGGGUUGGGGUCAGUGCUGGGAUUUUAUUUAUUUGGCCUUUUUGCCUUUUCUUUUGCCAUGGUGUAAUAUCCUGGAGAUGCAGCUCUAUGUGGCCACGGCUCAGGCUAACAGGGUUCAGCAGGAACUGCUGCAGGGCUUUGGUUUGCUUCUUUAAGACUUUAAAACGUGAGUGUGUAUGAGUUUGGGUUUGAGUUCAGGUGUGACUGACCACAGGCCCUCAAGUUCUACUGGUGCUGAACAGUCGGUGGACAUUGUGGGUUGGUUUGAGAAGUACUUGGUACUAGGAAAUAACACAAGUGUUCUCUGAAGAAACUGUCUGUUGACGUGAAGAGCUACAAGCUUGUUCGUCUGCAUCUGUGAUUAGUAGGUGGACAAGCACAGGGGUAGAAACCCAAACUGUAUGUGACAUAUAAAGUUCGGGGUUCAUGCAUGACUUCGCACAUUUGUCAAUAAACUAGCUUUAUCUUUU